UAGAAACAGCGCUGUUGAAUCUGCAAAAUAAAAGAGUAUUAAUUUUGCGUCUUUAAAUGUUCAUCAUUUUAUCACUAUUUAUUUGAUCUUAGAAUGUUUCUUAAAAUUAUAGUCGAUUGGUCAACCCGAUGCUUCGAAGAGUAUAAUCAGGAAUUUCAUGUUUUACUUCGUUAUGAACAUGGAGGCAUUCAUAUUUUGUUUCGCUGGAGAAUACUUGAGCGCUAAGAGUAAAAGCAUUGGAGAUGCUGCUUACGAUUCCCUAUGGUACGAAUCAGGUUCCAGAGACAGUCGAAGUAUAUUGUUCUUAAUAAUGAGGUCGCAAAAUCAAUUAACUAUUACAAUUGGAAAGAUAACGAAUUUGUCUCUUGAACGAUUUAGUAGUAUUAUAAAGGCUUCGGCUUCCUAUAUAUCGGUCCUACUUGCAAUGUAUUGAACAAAACAUUAUUGAAUAGAAUGGAAUUAGCUUUAUUGUUCGCCUUAGGGUUUCAAUCUUUUACAAACGUCAUUUAUUCUAACUUUUAGACUUUUACCUAAACAUAUUCUAACUUAUUUUAACUGAUCCUACAUUUUAUCAUUUUAACACGUAUACACACACCUUCCCUAUCCUCAUUGGCUAGCUCUCCAAACUCUAUGUCUGCCUCAUCUCUUCCUCUCUCUACUUCUUCUACCCUCCAUCCUCUAUCCACAAAAAAUUCUUAGUCUCCUCCUCCCAUGUG